CCGGUCUUUAAAUCCGGUGAAUUUUAUUUGAUUUAGUUAUUUUUUACCUUAGAAAUAAAGUUAAUUAACUUGAUGAGAAUAGUUAAUUGUUUCCACGCAGUGAACAAUUUGACUGCGUCAUCUUUAAUCAAAUGAAAGUUUUUACAACAAAUUUAAUACAAUUGGAAAUGUAAAUCAACAGUAACACAUCAACAUUUAUUUUCCUUUUUCUCUUUACCUUAAAUUUUUUUGGUUCUUUGGUUGAUCAAUUUUCAUCAAUUUUCAUCUUUUAUUCACCAUCACAAUUCAAAUCAAAUUACAAAUCGGAUAAUUAUUUUUUCCCCGUUCUAUCGGUUUCUCAGUGUCUCAUUUUAAUCAAUUAACUGACAACAAUUAUCUUUCAUAUUCUUCAUCAACUUUUAGAUAUUUUCAAAGCUAAGUCAUGGCACCAGGAACUGGAUCUAAAUUUCAGUACGAUGAAAGUGGCGGUACAUUUUUCUAUUUUCUUCUCUCAUUUUUGGCUUUAGUUGUGAUUCCUUGCACAUACUAUUUUUGGCCUUAUGAGAAAAAGAAAGAUAAAGACAAACUUCGGGAAAUAAACGCUUGUCACUGUGGCCCAUGUGCGAUCAAAUCAAAUUAUCUUGAAUCUAGAGAGCCAUGGAAGAAGGUGAAGAAUCAAGCAAUAAAAGUCGUACUUCUCCUUGGCUGGAUAGCGAUGAUUCUUACAGCUUAUAAAGUUGUCAAUCUUAAACAUGAUUAUGUUGUUUGGGAUCCAUUUGAAAUUCUCGGUAUUGAUCCUAGUUCAUCGACUGCAGAAAUCAAGAAGGCAUAUCGUCGAUUAAGUCUUAUAUACCAUCCUGACAAAGAAACUGGAGAUGAGAAGAAGUUUCUUCUGUUAACAAAGGCUCAUGCAGCAUUAACAGAUGAUGAAGCCCGAAAAAAUUGGCAACUCUAUGGUAACCCUGAUGGUCCUGGUGCAACCUCAUUCGGAAUCGCCUUACCAUCUUGGAUUAUUGAGAAGGAAAAUUCAAUCUUAGUUUUAGGACUUUAUGCUUUAGUUUUCAUGGUCGCUUUACCAACCGCCGUUGGUAUCUGGUGGUAUCGAUCCGUUAAAUAUGGAGCAGACCAAGUGCUUUUGGAUACCACGUCACUUUAUUAUUACUUCAUUCAUAAGACUCAUCAAAUGCCAUUGAAAAGAGUUUUAAUGAUAAUAGCUGCCUCAUGUGAAUUCCAUCGUCGACAGAACAGUGAAAUCAUUGAAAGGCCAAGUGAUAAUCUUGAAGUGAACCAAUUAAUUAAGGAAUUACCUUAUAUCAAUGAUAACAAUCGAGAGAAACCUUUAUUCUUCCCAUAUUCUUUGAAAGCUCGUGCACUUCUCCAUGCACACCUUAGUCGUAUGAAACUACCUCCUGGUACUUUAGAGAUUGACAAGUUGGUUAUUGUGAAAAAAUGUCCUCUUCUAAUUCAAGAAUUUGUCCAAUGUGCUGGACAAUUAACUAUUCUAGCGCUUACUGGUCGUAUUUCCCGGAAACCACAUAAAGAUACUCUUGAAAAUGCUAUGAAAUUAUGUAGAUUAGUUGUCCAAGCUCUUUGGGACAAUAAGAGCCCACUUCUUCAAUUACCACAUAUUACUGAAGAUAUGCUUCGAUAUUUUAAUACUCGUAAACGUGGAACCAUCCGAAGUAUUCAACAAUUGGCCACAAUUAAGGAAGAUGAAAGAAGAUCCCUCUUAAGAAGCCUUACAGAUGAACAUUAUCAUAACAUAAUUCAAGUGAUGAGUAGAAUGCCUUUUCUGGAGUUAGAUGUAAAAACGGAAGUUGUUGAUGAUGAAGAUUCAACAACAAUCACCGCUGGAGCAAUUGUUACAUUUACAGUGACCCUGAUAAGAAAUUCAAUUAAAAUGUUGAUCGAUAAAAGUUGUUCUGAAGAUUAUGAUCCAGACAAGGCUGAGCGUGAUGGUGAUGGUUCAGAAGAAGUUGCCAAUGGAGAUGCACUUCAUGCACCAGAAUCACCGCAUUCAAAGAAACAAAAUCAAUGGGUUAAGAAUAGAGGAAAAAAGAAGGUAUCAAAACAGCAAAAGAAAAGAAAACCUCAACAACAGAAACAAUCAACACGUCAGACUAACGUCCAAUCAAAUAAUUCAAAUUUAAAUUCGGGUACAGAACGAGUAUUGAAAGAGUCUAAACCCACCACCACAACAAUUACAACCACAAAAGCUAAAGAUGAUCAAUCAGAUGAUGAGAUUACCCAUAGUGAUGAAGAAUCUGAUAUUUCCAAAAGUGAUAUUGACACUCCAACAGCGACAACAAGCACCAAUAAAGAGACUAAAUCAUCAGCUCAACAACAAAGUAAUUCAACAGUAACAUCUCGAGGAGAUGAUGACGAUGAUGAUGAAGAAUGGAAUAAAUGUCAACAAAAGUUAUUCAAGAGAGAGAAAAUUCUUGAAACAAAAUCAAAAAGAUCCCAUAGUGUUCAUUGUCCAUAUUUUCCAGAGGAUAAACAAGAAUAUUGGUGGAUUUAUAUGGUUGAUAGGAAGAAAAUUGAUUUAAUUGCUACACCGAUUUUAGUUACAAAUCUUGUAGAUGAAGAGCAAGUUGAAUUUAAAAUAACUGCUCCCCAUAAACCAGGAGUUUACAGUUACUGGAUAAUUGUCCGAAGUGAUUCCUACGUUGAUUGUGAUGUAUCCAAACCUGUCAAGUUGGACGUUAAAGAAGCUAAAAUAAUUUCCGAUAUUCAUGUUUGGGACUUAUCAGAUGAAGAAGAAGUGACUAGAGAGGAUGACAGUGCUGUCGAAGAUUCUGAUUUAGUUGCUACAUCCGAUGAAGAAGAAAGUGAUGAUUAAGAAGAUAAAAUUAUAUUCUAUUGCUAUAAUAUUAAUUAUAAUUAAUAUAUUCUCACUUGAUUGUGAGAUUUUUUUCUGUCAACAUCUCUGUCAACAUUAAGAAAACAAAAGAGAAACUUUUUUUUUAUUUAUUUCGAUGGUUAA